AUGUCCGAGAUCCUGCCCUACAGCGAGGACAAGAUGGGCCGCUUCGGCGCAGACCCCGAGGGCUCCGACCUCUCCUUCAGCUGCCGCCUGCAGGACACCAACUCCUUCUUCGCGGGCAACCAGGCCAAGCGACCCCCCAAGCUGGGCCAGAUCGGCCGAGCCAAGCGAGUGGUGAUCGAGGAUGACCGGAUAGACGACGUGCUGAAAGGGAUGGGGGAGAAGCCGCCGUCCGGAGUGUAG